AUGUCUGAACAGACAGAGAGGGCCUUUCUGAAGCAGCCAACGGUCAACCUUAACAACAAGGCCCGUAUUCUCUCCGGAUCAAAGAAGACUCCACGUUACAUUCGUGAGGUCGGACUUGGAUUCAAGGCUCCACGUGAGGCCGUCGAGGGAACUUACAUCGACAAGAAAUGCCCAUGGGCCGGAAAUGUUCCAAUCCGUGGAAUGAUCCUCACCGGAGUUGUGCUCAAGAACAAGAUGACCAGAACCAUUGUUGUUCGUCGUGACUACCUUCACUACAUCAAGAAGUACCGUCGUUACGAGAAGAGACAUAAGAACGUGCCAGCUCAUUGCUCCCCAGCCUUCAGAGAUAUCCACCCAGGAGAUCUUGUAACCAUCGGAGAGUGCCGUCCACUUUCGAAGACCGUCAGAUUCAACGUAUUGAAGGUCAACAAGUCCGGAACCUCCAAGAAGGGCUUCAGCAAAUUCUGA